AUUUGUCAGUCCAGCUGCUUUGACAAAAUCCGGCCCGUCCCAAAUCACUAUCCAACUUUUGAUGCGAUAAUAGCCAUAGUCUGGUUAGUAUUCUUAAGGUAGGGCUUGGACUUUGGAGAGAAAGAGUCAGAUUCGUUUCUAUAAACUUCUCUUAUCUUCACGGCUUCACAUCUGUUGUCUUUAGUCUUUACCCAGCACCAAAAGAAGCUAGAAAGGACAGCAAGAAGAAACCAUGCCGAAGAACAAGGGAAAGGGAGGAAAGAACAGGAAGAGAGGAAAGAAUGAAGCAGAUGAUGAAAAGCGUGAACUUGUGUUCAAGGAAGAUGGGCAAGAGUAUGCCCAAGUGCUUCGUAUGCUAGGCAAUGGCCGGUGUGAAGCCACGUGCAUUGAUGGCACCAAGCGCCUUUGCCAUAUCCGUGGAAAGAUGCACAAGAAGGUUUGGAUUGCUGCUGGUGAUAUAAUUCUUGUUGGGCUUCGUGACUAUCAGGAUGACAAGGCUGACGUGAUCCUUAAGUAUAUGCCUGAUGAAGCAAGGCUCUUGAAAGCAUAUGGUGAGCUUCCAGAGAACACACGCCUCAAUGAAGGCAUUGUUGAUGAGGAGGAUGAAGCAGGUGCAGAUGAUUAUGUCGAGUUUGAAGAUGAAGAUAUAGAUAAGAUCUAGGGUUUUGGACUUGGUUAUGUUUGAACGAUAUGUUUAAACAUUAGAAGAGAGAUAUGGAUGAUGCUUUUAAGAAGCCUACAAUAUGUGGGAUUUCUCCCAUAAGGUGUAAGUUUACAUUUAUAACUUAUAAGAUACAAGUUACAUAUUUAUAAGCGGUGAAUGUGUCACUAUUAGAUUUUUAUUGUUAAUAUUACUCAGUGUGUUCCAUAACUUAAAGUUACCUUUACAGAGAUGAUAAAAUUUAAGCACACUAUGAGCAUUUUGUCA